AUGAAGCUUUAUGAGGAUCCUAAUGAUUUUCUGCAAGCGAAAUGGAAACAUGCCUUCUACAUUUUUUUUGAUUUAAACUAUAAUGAUUUCAUCGACUGGAACGAUUUUGUAACCUUAAUGAAUUUAAUUGAACUCGCACGGGGUAAGCACAGCGAUGAAUACCUAACGGCAAAGUUUUGUCUGACCGAAGUUUGGGAUAGUAUGACAGAAGCUCUUGACAUGCAACAUGAUGACAAGAUAUGCCUUACCGACUGGAUAUCAAUGUGGACGAAAUCUAUGACACUGUCUAAAGCUCCAGCCUGGCAGAAAGCGUACGUAGAAUAUAUAUUCAAGCUCUUGGAUGCUUCAGGAGAUAAGCUGGUGGACCAAGCUGAAUACGUGCAAGUGUUAGGAUACUUUGGAGUUCCUAAGACAACAGCUCUAUGGUGUUUCGAUAAAUUUGCCAUCGAUGACACAGGACACCCUGUUCAUUCAAUAGAUUAUCGGCGAUUCUUGCAGCUUUGGAAAGAGUUUUUCACAUCCACUGAUGUGAACGCUCGAGGAAAUUUCCUGUUGGGUGAAAUAACAUAA